CGACUGUCAGACUGUGUGAACUCUCGAGUGAACUCUUCAGGCACCACCUGGACCCGCGCGGGGGCGAACUUGAUGGUUGCCCAAUCGUCCGCGGAUGACUUGUACUGCAACGGACCAGGCCUCUCGAGUCCUACGAGCGCCUACAAGACUAUGUAGUAGGGACCGCAUCGAAGGCUUCAGCGACCAGGGACCAACGCUGGGCAUCGACCUUGCUCUGGAAAGUCCUACGGGGCUGCGAUCAUGUCCAACCCGCAUUCAGCUGCGCACGAACUUGACACCCGAACUCAUGCCCAUCGGCCUGCGGAACGGGCUGGCGGCUAUCCUGGAAUGCACAACCCACCAACCUCUGGCACUCGAUUCGUCGCAGUGCUGGUGUGAGAAGCUUCUUGCGACUUCGAUGCCCUUCUUUUCACCUCUUAUCCUGCGUUUCUGCAGGCAUACAGCUCACAUGCCCAGCCAUAAGGCGCACAAUACUCGACGCUGCAUCCCUGGGGUAACGCCGUUUCACUGCACGUGCCGUGAGCCCAAUGCACGGCAACGCCAACUUGAUGUUACUGCUUCUCGUCAUCCAGAGCGUUCACCAGCCAACGCCGGAGCGAUGAUGCCUGCUCGUCAGUCAUCGAGAGUCGCCUCACCUCUAGGUGCAAGCGUCUUACACGUCGUCUUGGGUCUUCUUGGGUCUUCUCGGGCUUCAACGUCGCAGGCCUCAAGUUGAGGCUGGGCCGUGACGGUGACGGCACGACCCCGGAGCCAACUCUAUAAAAAGGAUGGCAGGGUAGGCUGGGGACUCCACCCUGCGUUCUGAUGACGGCACGCUCUCUGGCGAUCCCACCUUGUUUUCCGGGGCACAAGUUAGCUCCUUGAGCUUUAACACCCACCCACACUACACUACUGCAUAAUGACCUUGGCACCACUCCCGGUUCCUCAAACCCCCAGAUCCCAAUUGAUUCGACGGUUGACCUGAGAGGCUGCAGGCAAUUUGCAGGCAACCAAGCCGCGUUGUCGCAUAAAUAUCCUAGCCAACCACCCAUACCUUUCGGAACCUUUCUCCUCUUUCUCCUCCCUCCCCCCCACCACGAACACACAGGGCGCCAAGUGCUUAUAGGAUAUUCACUGAGCUGGACGGUCGUUACGUACACCCAGUGGUAUUUCUUCACGGGCCCUCUUGUCAAUCUUUUGUGUGUCACGUUUUGUGUUUGUUUUUUUUGCACGCUCUCGUUCCGUCGUUCUUUCGAUCGCGGGAGUUUCUUAUCUGGUUUUCGUUCGUCUCGUCACUCUCUUGGUACCAACACACCCCGAGGAUAAGGCAGCAACAUCGUGAGAUCCGCAAAAGUGGUUUCCUCGCUCUGUUCGUUUUUGUCUUUCCGACGUCCCGUACGCCUCGAGUCCGCGUGCUCUUCACAAGUCAGCUUUCCGGAGAAGCCUGAACAGGCGAAGCAACAACACGAACGAAAGUUGGGGCUCCGCCGUCGAAGAGUCAAGGUCAAAAAACCCGCCGACGACCGUUACUACGUCAUCACAUCCACCACGAUGUUCAAGCGACUGAGAUCCAACUCCAACGCCCAGCAAGCUGGUGCGGCCAUGGAUUCCCAGCAUCGUGUGGACAAGUCGGCGAGGCUGGCCAGGAAGGGCACGAAUGCGGGUUCCGUGCGGGAUCCUACCAAGCUGUCGAAACUGCAGCGAUCGCUUACCGAACGCGAGGCCUCCGGGUCGGCUUCACGAAUCAAGGCCGAGUCGGGCAGGACACAAGAUGCCUCCAUGGCAAACCUCGCGCCAUCGCCGAUCGUCACCCUGACCAUCGGCAUGGAGGGGCGACUCUUUGCGGCCCACGAGGACGUCCUCCUUCAGAGCCCGUUCUUCGAGCAGGCCCUGAGGGGUGGAUACCUCGAGCAGUCGUACGCGCAGUCCAGGAGAAUCGCGCUCCCGGACGAGGAGCCGGAGGUUUUCUCGGCGGUCCUCGAGUACCUCUACAAGGGCGACUACUAUCCGCGGUUGCUGCACAACAAGCACCGCAACUCUUGGGAGCUCGAGGACAGCGUUCCCGCGCGCCGAGGGGGCACGCCAAAUGCAUCCCCCCGAAUCAACUCAGAAAACACCUACGGAGGUGGCCGCGCAGCAUCGUCACCCCGUCAACCCGCGGCUGUUGAGGCUACCGUCUUCCUGCCGUCAGUCGGCCACCACCUCCUCCGGGACACGGUGGUCUACUGCGCGGCUGAGCGGUACGGGCUGGAGGAGCUGAAGCGGCUGGCGCUGCGGAAGCAGGGCCUGCAGUCUGGAAUCGACGUGGGCACGAUCCUGCGCUCGGCCCAGUACUGCUACGCCCACACCCCGGACUCGGACAGCCGCCUGCGCGCCCACUACCUGGCACUGAUCAUCCGGUGCCGCAAGACCUUCAAGAGGUCGGGCACCAUGCAGGCCGAGAUGGAGAAGGGAGGAGAGGGCAGCAAACUGUACUUUGACCUGUUUGUCGCGCUGUGCAACCACCUCGACGACGUCAUCGAGGCGGGGAACAAGGGCACGCCGCGCACUAUCUGAAGGGACUACCCUCACUCCUCUCACGAGGAGCAGGAACGGGGUUCCUGAGGAGAAGUCUGUGAGGCUCGUCCGGGUCGACACACGAAGACCGCGCGAUGAGCAGGUGGAUCCGCUUCCCAAUUUCUUCUUACGGGCGUUCCGUCGGCGUUUCCACUACUAAAGACAAGAGAUCGAUACACACACCCCAUGCCGAGGUUCCUCUAAUCCGCAGCUAUGGAGGGAGUCUGCUGUCGAGGGACGGAUAGGCCGUACACGCUUGGGUACAACCUGGUUUUCUUAUCAGUUUGGGAACCCGCUCUGACUCUACUCCACGAUUGUUGACCUGGUCUGGCAUUUCCAGGGGCGUUCUCUGCUUUUCAUCCUCCCCCAUGGCCGGAAACUCACGUCGAGGUUUUGGUACACGCGGCCAUUUGGGAGAAUGCUAGAUUUGUUUCUUGCUUCUUCACUUCUUUAAGGAGGUUGGCCGAAUCUCACCAGAACUUUUUGACUUUGACUUUUCGCCAAGGGGAGAGCAUGGGGAAGGAGGACAGGGCUCGCUCCCAUUGAUGCCAUCCUGCCCGGGAGAAGAUCGGGACGACACAUCUUCGGACCAAGACAUUGCGGGAUCCCACAAGAAGACCUACCCCGAGUGGGCCCGUCUGACCUUCUGCAUUCACUCUCCCCCUGGCUCACGAUUGUUGAUGCCUUUGCGUGUGUUUUCGUCAAGCGCUGUCAUUUCUUUGGAACAAUUGGAUCUUGGGAUCGGGUUCUGAUUUUUCUCUCCUACGCAUGGCGAGCCGGCGUUUAGAGGAAGUCCAAAGCGAGCGUUGUUUUGAAUUUCUGUGAAUUUCUUUCCUUUACACGUGCAGUUUGCCGCCCUUCACACGGGCGAGAAACAGAUACCCUCUCCGAUCCAUCUUAUACACACCACCACACACACCUGGAGUUUGUGCCACGCGCAUUGUUUAUCUCUCAGCUCAAUGAUUUUUCUUGGUUUUGCCAUUUCAUGUUCGGAAUGUUACCGCGGGUUCUUUUAUUUCUUUUCCUUUUUCAUGUGGACUCUUUAACUAGACUGUCAACGUGGAGAAAAGAGAGACCCCUGCUUCUUCCAGAACGGCGGCCGGAAAGGAGACGAAACACGACAAAUCAUCCAGAAUGCUUUUACAUCGGUACGAACAGGCAGCACAAGCCCGGCCAGCCCGGGCUCACUGUCCGUCGUAACCAGACUGUCUCUUCCGUCUGCCGACAUCGCAUCUCAUAAUUAAAGCGACCAACACCAAAUUGUUAACCAACGACGACCUUCGACCAGGCCUUGAAUACUUUUCCUUUGUCAAAUGAUCAGGGGAGGAAGCUGGAGGGCUAAUUGAAUGGGGAGGAGGAAGUCGAGUGAAAGGGAGGGAGGGAAAUGGGUUGUUAUGCAAAAAAGAGAUGAACUUGAUGGAGCAGCGAAAUUCUUUUUUCUUCGAUUCUCAACACCCCUCGAUCAACCGCCGUGUGUGGCCUGCAUUUGGUGUUUAAACCCGUCCGCGCGUUGUUCCUUUCUUUCAUUUGUCAGAGCCCUGGGUUGCGUCACUCACCCUGUUUGAAACUCGGUUUUUUGAGCACGACUGACGAAGUUUUGAUGAUUUGAUACCACACAUUCCUUAUCUGUACUGUAUGAUGUCUAUGUACUCUACUUCGAGCCUUCACUGCGCUCGCGCCUUUGGCUCUGCUUAAGUAGAUAGCAACGCGCCCCUUUUGGGGGCCUUGGUAAUGGGAGAUUCGGCCACCUCC